AAAAGACGCGAAAUGCCAGAGAAUACAAAGGUGAAAAGCGACUGUUUUUGUUUACGCCAGCAAAAGUGCAAUAUUUCAGAAAACUCAAUUAAACAAAGUUUUGAAUUUUCCAAUCAACAUGGAAAUGGAGUACGAAGAUGCUGGUUGGCAAGGUCGCCAAAAAGCACCUGGCGAGGAUGAGGAAAUGCCCGAAGAUAAUCCCCAGGAAACUAUUCAAGAAUGUCUGGAAAAGUUUCUUACUCCAGAUUACAUAAUGGAACCUGGUAUUUUCACGCAACUUAAACGCUACUUCCAGUCGGGCGGUUCGCCUGAAGAAGUCAUCACAAUGCUGUCUGAGAACUAUAAAGCCGUUGCUCAAAUGGCGAAUCUUCUGGCUGAAUGGCUUAUACUUGCGGGCGUAAAGGUCACGGAUGUGCAGGCAAUGGUCGAAAAUCAUUUGAAAGACAUGAUUUUAAAAACAUUUGAUCCGAAAAAGGCCGACACAAUCUUUACAGAGGAAGGUGAAACUCCCGAUUGGCUGACUGAAAUGAUCGACCAUCAUACAUGGCGAUCGUUGAUAUAUCGCUUAGCAGAGGAAUAUCCUGAUUGUUUGAUGCUAAAUUUCACCAUCAAACUAAUCUCAGAUGCCGGGUUUCAAAGCGAAAUCACAUCAAUUUCAACUGCAGCGCAGCAAAUUGAGGUAUUUUCACGUGUACUAAAGACAUCUAUUACAAAAUUCCUGAACAAUCCUGAAGACAUACAAAGUGCUAUACAAGAAUGCGCCCGCAUGGUAUGCCACGGCCAACACACUUACGUUUACUCGCAAGUUCUGAUACAAGUGCUCAGUCAGGAGCCAAAGGGUGGAUUCAAUAUGAAACGGCUCUCGCAGGAAAUCACCAAAUAUGCACUGCAAAACAAUCAAAAUGUAACGCCCAUAACUAUGGCGCUUAACGGUUCAGCAGCCUAUCCGCAAGCAUGCCAGGCACUCUCCUCCAUGCUGUCGCGCAACACCCUCAAUCCAGCAGAUAUUACGGUAUUGUUUCGUAACUAUUCCGCCGCGGAUCCGCCACCAAUCGAUUUAAUACGCAAUCCACAAUUCCUUGAGCUGCUAGUGGAUUCAUUAUUCAAGGCAGGAGUAAAAAUAAACCCUGAACAUAAGUCUAAGUACAUUUAUUUGCUGGCAUAUGCUGCUUCUGUAGUGGAUACUCCGGCCAAAAAACGACCGAUGACCGAACGCGUACUGAACAAAGAUGAACUGAAAAGCACCAUACAAGCAAUCGAGAAAGUGCACGCAAUAUGCAAUGUAAACAAAGGCUCCACCGAACUUAUUGCCGAAUUGCAGACGCUCUAUAAUUGCAUUAAAUAUCCUGUGGUUGGCGUUGGCGUCAUACGUUGGAUUGAAAACACUGUUACAGAACCAUCUUACUUCAAACUGUCUACAGACAGUUGUCCCACUCACUUGGCUAUACUCGACGAAGUGGCAGCCGUGCAUUCGACGCUGCAUCAGCAAAGUUUACGAUUACUCAUUCGGCUUUUCGAAUCAAAACAAGAUGAACUGGAAAUUUUGGUACAAUUAGAAAUGAAAAAAAUGUUAUUGGAUCGCAUGGUUAAUUUGCUGACCCGCGGCUGUGUUGUGCCAGUAGUGAAAUACAUCAAGCAAUGUUGCGCUAAGGGUGAUACAGAUAUAUCGCUGAUACGUUACUUUGUUACCGAAGUGCUAGAGACAAUAACACCACCUUACUCUCCAGAAUUUGUGCAAUUAUUUUUGCCAAUGGUAGAGAACGAGGAAAUAACAGGUACUAUGCGUGGUGAAGGCGAUAACGAUCCGGUUUCGGAAUUUAUCGUACAUUGCAAGGCCCGUUACACCACAGUUUAAAGCUUCUUAAUACGAAGAAAAAUAAGACAAUUUUUAAGCUCAGUUACGUAUGCGUGUAAAAAAAAAGAACACGCCUAUACAUAAAAUAAACAAAUAUUUUCUACCUACGCAUAAAAAGCUCCCAACAGUAUGUCAUUUGCCAUUGUGAUGACACAAACUUUAGUUAGGUAUCUUAUCUACUAAAACAAACCGUUUACAGUUCAAGCAGCAUAUAAUUGUAUAGUAUCUUUUAAUUUAACUUUUUAAGUUUGCUGACAGCUUAAAAUUGAUUGUCGCUUUUUCGCGAGUAAAUAUUAAUUACAUUUACAUUUUUUUUUAUGUUCGUAUCUACAUAUGUACAUACAUACAAACGUACAUAAUUGCAAAUAUGUAUGAUUCACACAUCCGGCUAGUUAUUGGGAAUCGCAAGGCAAACAAAAAAUAAAAUAAAAAUAUUUAUAACAUU